AUGUCGGUGGUUUCGAGCGCGGCAAGCACAAAGAGCGGGAAGAGCGCAAAGAGCGUGAAGAGCGCAAAAAGCGCCAAGAACAAAGAGGAAGAGGAGGUGGCGAACAAAGUGAAGUUGCUUGUCCGGAAGCGUGGCCAAGCGAUGGCGAAGGUGACCAACACCAAGAAAACCGUCGACACGAUCGGAAACGACCUAACCCCAGCGCAGCUGCUCGUGUUCCAGAAGCAGCUCAACAACUACUACUCGGAGUGGCACUUCUUCCACGACCAGAUACUGGAUCUGGUCGAUGAUGAGCAGGUGCAGGACCACAUGGACAACUGCAACAAAUUCGAGGAGCACUACGCGGUGGUGCUGACCGUCCUGGAGACCGUGUCCCUGGCGCAAGCAGCUCCGGCCCGGCAAGAAGAGAAAGUCGUCUUUCAGCAGCAGCCGCUGAAAGUUCCGAUGCCGAGCUUCGACGGCAAGUACGAGAAUUGGCCGAAAUUUAAGUCGAUGUUUCUCGACCUGAUGAGCCGAUCGCGAGACUCCGACGCAAUCAAGCUGUACCACCUCGACAAGGCUCUCGUUGGUUCAGCUGCCGGCUUCAUCGACGCGAAGACAAUCAACGACAACAACUACGAGCACGCAUGGAACAUGCUGGAGGAGCAAUACGAGAACUUGCGGAUCAUCGUGGAUACCCACAUUCGUGGCCUCCUCAGUCUCAAGAAGAUGACCAAGGAGUCGUACAAGGAGCUGAAAGAGCUACUGGACGAGUGCACGCGGCACGUCGCGAACCUCGAGUACCACGGUCAAGAGCUGACCGGAGUGUCGGAGUUGAUGGUAGUAAAUCUACUGUCGGAAGCCCUGGACAAGGGAACGCGCAAGAAUUGGGAGUCGACGCUCGCUCGCGGUGAGUUGCCAACCUACGAGGACACCGUGGCUUACCUCAAGGCGCAGUGCAACGUGUUGGAGCGGUGCGAGGCUGCAAGUGCGUCGACAAAGAGUCCACAAACAAAACCUACUGCGGCGCCAAAAACGACGUCGUACAAGUCACACGCGGCCACGACAGCAGAGAAGACAUCCACGCAGUGCGACUUCUGCGCCGGCGAUCACAUUAACUUCAGUUGCCCCGAUUUCGCCAAGCUAUCAACCAACCAGAGAACCGAGAAGGUGAAGGCGCACCGACUGUGUUUCAACUGCCUGCAGAAGGGGCACAGCGCCAAAGAGUGCAGGUCGAAGAACUCUUGCAGAAAGUGUGAGAAGCGCCACCACACGUUGCUGCACUUCGAGAACGCUCAGCCAGCCAGAUCGUCACACGCCCAGUCGGCGCCCAAGCAGGAGGAGUCGAAACCGAACGUGUCACCAAAGCCCGAGUCCGUGGAGCCGCUACCAAGCGGAUCAUCCGCAACGUCGUGUGUUUGCAACCAGCCUCAAGACUCCCAGGUGUUCCUGAUGACAGCCAUCGCGCAGGUAGUGGACAACAGCGGCGUAGAGCAUCAGUGUCGCAUCCUCCUGGACUGCGCCUCGCAGGUUAGCACCAUCCGUGCAGGCCUUGCCGCGAAGCUAGAUCUACCUACAAGAUCGGUGAACACUGUAGUCGUCGGUGUGAACGGUAAGCGCAGCAACAUCACUCACGAGGUAAGCGUAUCCUUGCAAUCCAUGUACGACGAUUUCCGGGCCACUGUGGACUGCCUGGUCAUGGAGGAGGUAACCAGCAAUCUACCAACCGUGCUGGAGGACGUUUCCUCCUGGGAACUUCCAUCCGGGAUUCAGCUGGCGGAUCCCUCGUUCUUCGUCCCUGGGGAGGUGGACCUCCUUCUGGGGGCCAAACACUUCUGGAGUGCCAUGAAGAGUGGCAAACGCAAACUUGGUCCUGGAUUUCCGGAGCUGCGGGAGACACAAUUUGGCUGGGUGGUAGUGGGGGCUCGCUCGAAGGGGUUCUCCGCUGUCCAAACGUUGAGCUGCAACGUUCUCUCGCUCGAUGAUCUCAACAGUGCGGUCCAGCAGUUCUGGAAGAUGGAGCAGGUCCCCGAAAGUCCUACCUUGUCGUCCGAAGAAGAGUCAUGUGAAGAGUUCUACCAGCGUUCCCACAAGCGGGACGUCGCUGGGCGUUACGUCGUUGGUCUGCCGUUCAAAGAAGGUGUGGUUGAGUUGGGUGAGAGUCGUUCAAUGGCAUUGCGACGAUUCUUGUUCCUGGAACGGCGGUUGGAGAAGGAUCCUGAGCUCAAGCACGAGUAUUCGAAGUUCCUGCGGGAAUACGAAGAGUUGGGUCACUGUGAGCUGGUGGAUGAGACUAAGGACAAACCUGGGACCAAGGCCUACUACAUGCCGCACCACGCGGUAUUGCGACCGUCGAGCACCUCAACCAAACUGCGUGUGGUAUUUGACGCAUCCGCCAAGUCUUCGUCUGGAACAUCGUUGAACGAUCUGCUGAUGGUUGGUCCCCCGGUUCAAGACAGUCUGUUCGCCAUCCUACUGCGCUUUCGCCUCUGUCCGUAUGUCUUCAGUGCCGAUCUCUCUAAGAUGUAUCGGCAAAUUCGCAUCGACCCAGACCACUCGAGCUUCCAACGAAUCUUCUGGCGGGAGAAGCCCGGUGACCCACUCAAGGUGUUUGGUCUGAGCACGGUCACGUACGGAACGGCGUCGGCACCCUUCCUGGCUACUCGCACUCUGGUCCAGCUGGCAGAAGACGAACAGAAAGAGUUUCCCAUCGGCGCUAAAUUACUGAAAGAGAGUUUCUACGUGGACGAUUGUCUGUGUGGAUUCGAGACGUUGGAAGAGGCUGCACAAGCUAUCGACGAGCUCAGGGGAAUCCUUAGCAAAGGUGGGUUUCCCAUUCAUAAGUGGUGUUCAAACUCGCAGCAGCUACUGGAUUUGGUGCCCAAGGACGAGUGGGAGAAGCGAGCGGAGAUACUGCACUCUAGCGUCAAUCAAACCGUGAAGACGUUGGGGUUACUGUGGGAGCCCGAAACCGACCAGUUUCUGUUUCGCUCAAGCAUGGACACAACCUUCGACGAUUGUCCAACCACAAAGCGUCUGAUUUUGUCGACGGUUGCCAGGAUCUUCGACCCACUCGGUUUGAUCUCUCCCGUGAUCGUGGAAGCAAAGUUGCUGAUACAGGACAUCUGGGCAAAGGGCCUGGAUUGGGACCAGCCGGUUCAAGGAAAGUUGCUGCAACGGUGGAUCGAGAUUCGGAGUUCUCUACGUCAAGUGUCGGAGAUAAGCUUCCCACGGUUGGUCAACAGCACAAACGCCGUGCGCAGAGAGCUGCACGGUUUCGCCGACGCGUCCAAGCGAGCCUACGGCGCAAGUGUUUACCUGCGGUGCGUGAACCCCGACGGAUCGGUCACCAUGCACCUGCUGUGCAGCAAAUCCCGGAACGCACCUACACCAGAGAUCACCAUCCCAAAAUUGGAACUCUGUGCCGCGAAGCUUCUGGCGGAACUGAUGGUGAAGGUAAUCGAAGCAGUGAAGAUGGAUUUCGACGACAUCGUCCUCUGGUCUGACAGCCAGAUUGUCCUUGCUUGGUUGAAAAAGGACCUACACCAGCUGUCAGGAUCCUUUGUCAAGAAUCGAGUUGCCGACAUCGUCGCCCUAACAAACCAGUUCACGUGGAAGUACGUCAGAUCGAAGGAGAACCCUGCAGACAUUGUUUCCCGAGGAAAGCCGGCCAGAGAGCUGAAGAAGGACAAUCUCUGGAGGCACGGACUAGUUCUACUAGGCCAACCAAACUACCAAGCCGAGAGCCCACCUGAGCUGCCAGACGAAGAAAUACCCGAGCUCAAACCCGUCGUAGCCAGUGCACCACUUUUAUCGCCAACGUUGGAAGACUUCCCCGUUCUUACCAAAAUCAGCAGCUUUCGAAAACUCCAGAGGGUGUUUGGCUUCGUGCUCCGGUUCGUAGACAACUGCCGCCGCAAGGACAACAGGGUCGUGUCGGACCAUCUGACGAUUGGAGAGCUUCGGCGGUCCCUCAAGGCGUUGGUCCGCUUGGCGCAGCAUACCAGCUCAAUUGGAAGCGACAUCAAGCGGGUGGAGCGAGGUGACCCUUGCAAGCAGGUUCAGUCGCUCAAUCCAUUCAUCGAGGACGGCGUGAUUCGAGUUGGUGGGAGAAUACAAAAAUCAAAACUAUCGUACGAGACCAAACAUCCGAUGAUACUACCUCACAAGCACCCCAUCGUGACAAGCCUCAUCCGAGCACUCCACAAGGAGCAUCUUCACGUGGGCCCGUCCGGGUUGCUCGCGGCCGUCCGCCAGCGGUUCUGGCUGAUCAACGGAAGAUCCGCCGUACGAGAAGUCACGCGCAGGUGCGUGACGUGCUUUCGUUCCAACCCGAGUGGAUCGCACCAGCUGAUGGGAAAUCUUCCAGAGUGCCGUGUUGUCCCGUCGGCACCGUUCGAGUCUACCGGGGUAGACUUCGCUGGGCCGGUGUACAUCAAGUACGGAAUUCGGCGUCCCGCCGUCGUGAAGGCUUAUAUCUCCGUGUUCAUCUGUAUGACGACGAGGGCCAUCCACCUAGAGCUGGUUUCCGACUUGACCUCGGAGGCCUUCCUGGCUGCGCUCCGUCGCUUCACGUGCCGCAGAGGAUACCCCCGUCAAAUGCUGUCCGACAACGGUCUGAAUUUCGUUGGCGCCAACAAGGACUUGAAGGAACUGGUGAGGCUCUUCAAGGAGAAACAGACGCUGAAAGAGAUAAACGAGUUCUGUGAGCCACGAGAAAUCGAAUGGAACUUCAUUCCGCCAAGAGCCCCAAACUUUGGUGGAUACUGGGAGGCCGGAGUAAAGAGUGUCAAGACUCACCUCAAACGAGUUCUUGGAAAGACGCCACUCAGCUUCGAAGAGUACGCCACCGUCUUGACGCAGGUGGAGGCGAUCUUAAACUCUCGGCCGCUUUUCGCUCACAGCAGUGACCCAACGGAACCGACUGCCAUAACCCCCGGCCAUUUCCUGAUCGGCAGAGAGCUGACUGCAGUCCCGGAGCCAAUGCACGACGACAAUCGAAACUUGAGGUGCCGCUGGAAGCACCUACAGGCCAUGCGAGACCACUUCUGGAAGCGUUGGUCCGCCGAGUACCUCACCCAGCUGCAGAAUCGAGCGAAGUGGUCCACCCGGACCCCGAACGUGAAGGAAGGCAUGGUCGUUCUCUUGCGGGAGGACAAUUUGCCGCCACAAACCUGGAAGCUCGCCGUGAUCAUCAAAACUCACCCAGGGGAGGACGGAGCAGUCAGGGUUGUGGACUUGAAGACUGCAGAUUCAAGCUUCCGGCGCCCCAUCUCGAAGAUUUCUCCGCUUCCGAUCGAGUCUUGA